UAUAAAAAUAAAAGUGUUCUAAGUUACCCCAUUUUACGGUAUUUCUUUAAUAUGGUUCUAUUUUAGAGCAAAUGCCAGAACUUUGCAAACACUAGUCACUAAAUGUACACUGAAGUAUAUGUACAUAUAGUAUAAAUUAUACAUCCAUACCAUAUAGCUUCUAAUCAUGGAUGCAAGUUACUCAAGCUGCAAGUCAAUCCCUUUGAUAAAUCAAUAUACUAUAGAGUAUUGGAAACACUUUUGUGACAGCAGUUUCCAUUUACUAGAAAAUUAUGUUUUUUUGACAGAUUCCUAUGUUUUGGAAUUCUUUUGUGAAGAUCUGUGGUCCAAAGUUCCUAAAUCAUGGCAAGAUGCUCUCUCUCAGUUGUCUCCUCCUCAGCUGGCAACUAUCCUGCAGCCUCCUGGUGCAUCAAACAUAAAUAAUAAGUUUACAUCUGGUGUGCUCCCUCUAUCACUGCUUGCAUUCCAAGCUGCUGCAUUCAGAUGUUCUCUGCCAAGGAAUGCAGUUUCUUCAGUGAAGCCUUUCAUUCAGUACUUGCUGGAUCAGCAGUGUGACAGAAAAUCAACUGAGUGUGAUGCUAGAGGUGGGCUGAGCACUGCUACCAGUGGCCGCAAUGAUGUAAAAUUGUCGUUGAUUGCUGAGCUCAACAGUUCUCAGCACCAGCAACAAGAGUCUGGAGCAAAUGGCUCUAAAGUUGUUGUAAUGCCAUCAUCACCAUCAGCCACAGAUGAUGCAGCGUCAUCAUCACCAUCAGCCACUGAUCAUACAGUGUCAUCAUCAGCCUCAGAUGAUGCAGUGCCAUCACUAUCGGCUGCACUGAAGCCAGCUUGGCCAUCUGAUGAUCCACGCUCAAUUUUGUGGCAAUCGUCUCAUAAUGAACUGUGUAGAGGCAGCGGCGGCCACCACACCCUCAUGUCGCACGUAUUCCGCCGUCAUCUGAAGCCCAAGAAGCAGCACGAAGUUGCCCGUUUGGGUCUGGUGGCCGCCAUGGCCGCGGCCAGCGUCAACUGUGACGUGACCGCCGACAUCGGCAGCGGCUGUGGUCACUUAGCGCGGCUCAUGGCGUACGGCUACAACAUGGACGUCGUGUGUGUGGACAGAGAAGACGAUUUUGUUGUUGGGGCUCGAAAAUUUGACGCUCAGUUGGAGCAAUCCAUCCUCAAACUUCACAAGCGCAUCCCUGCAGACGUGCGCCCCUCCUUGCCAGCGGGACCCAAGCAUGUGACGUGUGACCUGCACCCUGGUGUUCAGCCUCAAGAUUUCACUCAACGAGUUCUGUCGACCUGUAAUCCUUCUACACAAUCUUACGGGGACCAGCCUCUGUCUCCUCAGCACUCCUCGCUGUCAAGUGAAGAGCCACGUUCAUUCGGAUUGACUGGGCUUCACACCUGCGGCGACCUCGCCACGACGGUGCUGCGAGUGUUCCUUGCUUCGCCGCACUGCCGCUACAUCGCGUCUGUCUCGUGCUGCUAUAUGAAGCUUUCUGAGCCUUCUUAUGGUAAUGAGACCGAUACAACCGCAGCAGGAGAUAAGAGGCAGGAUGCAGGCUACCCUGCUAGCCGCCAUUGCAGGCGAUACAGGCUGACCUACGCGGCUCGGGAGCUCGCCUGCCACGCCAUCGAAGCUUACGCCUGCAGACUCGCCGCAGGCGACGACAAUUUAAAGGUGCAUUGCUACAGAGCUGCAUUGGAGCAAAUCUUGGUGCGUCGUUGGCCGGAACACCGUCGUGCUGGCCUGCGUCCCGUGAAACACGCGCACACAAAGCCUUUCCAGGAAUACGCGAGGCGAGCCGUGAAGGCUUUGGCUGGGGGAACGAUACAGUUGCUCGAUGAAGACCUGAGCUCCCCUGAGACAGAAGCCAUGUUGGCAAGGUGGCGCCAGGUGAUAAUUUUCUACACGCUACGUUUGCUACUGGCACCAGUAAUAGAAACCGUGGUGCUGCUGGACCGAUGUUUCUUUCUCUAUGAAAAUGAUGUGAACUGCGCGCUGGUGCCUUCCUUCGACCCGCAGCUGUCGCCCCGCAACAUGAUUCUGCUGGCAACCAAACCGCGCAGAUGAUGUCCAAAAACCGUUCUAUAAAAAAUAGUUACGAGUUUGUAACUCUGUCGGCCAAUCACUAAGAUUUUUCAAGCUAGACCAACCUAUCACAGACGAAAAAUCGGCCGCUGAUAUGAUGUGAUAGUACGGCCCUACGUUCCUCUGUUGUUCAGUUUAAAAUAUAUUGCAACUAAGACAUUCAUCAACACUUUGACUAGCCGCUUCGAUGACGUUCCUUUGUAAAGUAAAGUCAAAUUGUUUCAUUGGCUUGAUGCAUUCCCAAUACCAAAAACGGCCGCUUUUCUUCAGUACAUCAAACCCGAAAUACUUCGGGCAGAUUUAAUGCAUGAAUAAUAUUGACUGUGAUUCUAUCUCAAGUUGUCGCCAAAAACCUAACAUGGAAAUAAUAAAGUAAAUGCUCAAUGGUCGUUUUACUCUUACUCUAAUGACAUGACUUGUGCAAUGAGUAAAUUCUCCGUUCCAAUCAUGUUCGAAACAUUUGAGGGUUUCAAUAGUUGAAUUGAGCUCAGAUUCGACAGGUUUUAUUGAUUGCUUAAUAUACCGCUGUUUUUUUUCUUUUCUUUGAUUUUUGAAUUUUUGUAAUUUUGAAAGAAAGAUUUUGUUUCUUUCAUGUGUUUUAUCAAGACCUGUGACAUAUUUACGAGCAGCAGAAACUUGUAUAUCUGGAAUUGAGCUUGUCGCAGAAACCAGUCUGAUUGAAGCUCCAUAUCCCUGCAGCAGGAUCAAAAGCGUUGGUACACGCGACUAAAACCCUA